GUGCCGUGGCCAGCACGGUGGUGAAGCAGAAACUGGCCGAGGUCAUCCUGAAGAAGCAGCAGGCAGCUCUGGAGAGGACCAGCAACCCCAACCCUUCGGCCCUGCCUUACAGGCCUCUGGAGCCUCUGGAUGCUGAGGGCCCUUCCCCUCCUGUGCUCAGCACCUUCCUUCCCCCGGUCCCCAGCACUUCUCUUGACCCCCCGGAGCAUUUUCCACUGCGGAAAACGGCAUCCGAGCCCAACCUGAAGGUGCGUUGCAAGCCCAGGAAGUGCCUCGACCGGCGCAAGAACCCCCUGACCCGCAAGGAGAGCGCUCCUCCUUCGCUGAAGAGACGGCCACCGGAGGCCAUCGACUCGUCCCCGAGCAGCAGCAGCACCCCCGUCUCCGGCUGCAGCUCUCCCAACGACAGCCUCCCCGCGGAGCACGGAGCCCUCCCGGCCGCGCCGGGCAUCGCCCACGAGACGCCCCUGGCCCAGCGCCUGAUGCUGCAGGAGAGCUCCCUGGCCCAGUUUGCGCUGCAGAGCGCAGCCUCCCUUCCCGCCAUCACGCUGGGAUUGCCGGCUACCACUAGCGCCAGGGGAGAGGCAGAUCGCCGGCCCCUCUCCGGCCUGGCACACCGGGUCCCUGUGCUCAACGGGCCCGUCCUCGCAGGGACGCAUUCGCCCAUGUUCUUACCCGCUGGCCUGGAGCAGCACGAGGCCGGGAGCCCUUUAUCCCCUCGGCUGCAGCCUGUCAUCAUCCUUGAGCCCUCUGUCACCCACGCUCCUCUCGUGGCGGUGCCAGGUCUGGGGACGGUCCCCUUGUCCUUUGCCCCCUCGCUCAUCUCCGCAGAGCGCCUGUCACUCCCAGGCCACCACAAGCCUCUGGGGAGGACCCGCUCGGAGCCCCUGCCGCAGAACCCCAAGGCCAUCCAGCAGCAGCUGGUCUACCAGCAGCAGCACAGCCAGUUCCUGGAGAGAAUCAAGCAACAGACACAGCUGGGCAAGCGCAUGGCCAAGUCCAGCGAGAAGCCCCGUCUGCGGCAGAUUCCCUCCUCGGAGGACAUGGAGGCCGAGGGGACCCUCCUGGAGGCCGGGGGUGAGAGCGGUGACCAGGCCAGGACACGCACAGAGCCCCCACGGUCAGGGGGCAGCGCGAAGGAGCCCGAGAGGACGCAGAAGAUGCUGCAGUCGCCGGAGGAGCUGGUUCUCCAGCAGGGCUAUCUCUGGGAUCCCUACCAGCGCGUGCAGCACCAGCUCCUCAAGCGGCAGCCCCUGGCUGACUCCCCCAUGGUCCCCGCUGUCCACACGGGGCACAGGCCCCUUUCCAGGGCCCAGUCGUCUCCUGCCACGGCGAGUGUCUCCCUUCCUGCCCAGGAUCCGGCCUCCAAGACGCUCUCUCUGCCUGUGCAGGAACAGCCAAGCAAGCCCCAGUUCACAACAGGGCUGGUUUAUGACUCGGUGAUGCUCAAGCACCAGUGCUCCUGCGGCGACAACAGCAACCACCCCGAGCACGCGGGCAGGAUUCAGAGCAUCUGGUCCCGUCUGCAGGAGCGAGGGCUGCGCAGCCAGUGCGAGUGUCUGCGGGGACGCAAGGCCACGCUGGAGGAGCUGCAGUGCGUGCACAGCGAGCGCCAUGUGUUCCUCUACGGCACCAAUCCCCUCAACCGCCUCAAACUGGACAACGGGAAGCUGGCAGGUGAUCUCCAGCAGCGGAUGUUUGUCAUGCUGCCCUGCGGAGGGGUUGGGGUGGACAGCGAUACCAUCUGGAACGAGCUGCAUUCCUCCAACGCUGCGCGCUGGGCCGCGGGCAGCGUCACCGAGCUGGCCUUCAAGGUGGCCACCAGGGAACUUAAGGAUUUGGCAUCCAGGCAGGCACUGAUGGUGGCCCAUUGCUCCGAUACCAUCCGGCGGGUCUGGAACACCUGGUUCUGCCUCCCUGGAGCCUGGCAGCGAUGGAGCCCGGUCAGGGAAGAGCCACAUUGUCCCUGCAGGCCACAUCCAGGCCUUCACUCUGUCCUUGCUCUCUUACAGGUUGGCGUUGGCCCCGGUGAGGGAUUUAAUGUCAAUGUAGCCUGGACUGGAGGUCUCGACCCCCCCAUGGGGGACCCCGAGUAUUUGGCAGCUUUCAGGACCGUGGUGAUGCCAAUUGCACAUGAAUUUUCCCCUGACGUGGUGCUGGUGUCAGCUGGCUUCGACGCAGCCGAUGGCCACCCACCACCGUUGGGUGGCUACAAAGUCUCUGCCAAAUGCUUCGGCUACAUGACGAAACAGCUGAUGAGCCUGGCUGGAGGAGCCCUCGUCCUCGCGUUGGAAGGUGGCCAUGACCUCACGGCCAUCUGCGAUGCCUCCGAGGCCUGUGUGUCAGCCUUGCUGGGCAACGAGCUGGACCCGCUCCCAGAAGAAAGCAUGAGGCAGAAACCAAAUCCCAAUGCUGUGCGCUCCUUGGAAACGGUGAUCCAGGUCCAGAGUAAAUACUGGGUGGCUGUGCAGCGCUUUGCCUCCAAGCUGGGAUGCUCCUUCCUGGAGGCGCAGCACCACGAAGCAGAAGAGGUGGAGACGGUCACGGCUUUGGCCUCCCUCUCGGUGGCCGUGAUGGCAGAGAAGAGGACACAGGAUGAGCCCAUGGAGGAAGAGGAACCCAUGAACCAGUGAUGAGCGGUGACGUUCUCUGCUCCCCUGCUUCCAGGAAGCGUCCGGACUCUUCCCGAGCCCGGCACUCGCUCGUCACUCCUGGUUCCCGUUUGCCACAUCAUCCU